CCAACACCAAAAGAACCAAUUUAUCACACUGGUGAAUCGCGCAUUGAGUUGGAUUGGGCCCGUUACUACAUUCUACGUUUCCCAUAUGUCUAUGCUGGAGCACACGGGGCAGUUCAGAGACCAGCUGAGGCAACAGUGCUGGGUAAAGUGCUGGCGAAUUGUAUUGAAGUGACCUAUACACCACUACAUUGA